AUUAUUAUUGUCUAUCUUUAUCCAUUCAUAAUUCAGUCUUUGAAGUUGGCAUCUCUUAUAUAUUCUAUUUUUCUCAUUUCUUAAAACUCCCUUACUCCAACAAACUUAUUACUAUAAACAAACUACCCAUUUUUUGGAUCAACAAUCCCACAAAUCUUCAAAAAUGACCAAAUUUAAAACUGGAAAAUCAAUGAAUUUUGCUGUUCAAGUAGUCACAGGAAGAUGGUUCACAGUUUUUGCAUCCUUUCUAAUUAUGGCAGGUGCAGGUGCUACUUACCUCUUUGGUAGAUAUUCAAAAGAUAUCAAAUCUUCUUUAGGGUAUGAUCAAUCAACUCUUAAUCUUUUGGGUUUCUUUAAAGAUUUGGGUGCAAAUGUCGGUGUCUUUUCUGGGUUAAUUGCAGAAAUUAUACCCACUUGGGCUGUUUUAUUGAUCGGUUCUGCCAUGAAUUUUUCUGGGUAUUUCAUGAUUUGGCUUGCUGUUACUAAUAAAAUCCCUAAACCUAAAGUUUGGCAAAUGUGUUUAUACAUUAUGAUAGGCGCAAAUUCCCAGAAUUUUGCUAAUACUGGUGCUUUAGUUACUUGUGUUAAAAAUUUCCCAGAAAGUAGGGGGAUUAUGCUGGGUUUAUUGAAGGGAUUUGUGGGUUUAAGUGGUGCAAUAAUGACCCAGAUAUAUUUAGCUGUUUAUGGUGAUGAUUCUAAAUCUUUAAUUCUGUUAAUUGGAUGGUUACCUGCUGCCAUUUCUGUUGUUUUUGUGUAUACUAUUAGGACCCUAAAAGUUUAUAGGAACCCUAAUGAAAUUAAGGUCUUUUACCAUUUCUUGUAUGUCUCAAUUGGGUUAGCCUUAUUUCUUAUGGGUAUGACUAUUUUGCAGACUCUUCUAACUUUCAGUAGAUUUGCUUAUGCUGUUAGUGCUACCAUUGUUUGUGUUAUGCUGUUCUUGCCCUUGUUGAUUGCUAUUAAGGAAGAGUAUUUGAUUCUUAAAUCUCGAUCCGAAAUCAAAACAUUUGUUCACGAUCAUGAUCAUGAUCAGGGUCAUGAUCAUGAUCACGCCCAUUCUACUGGUGAUGUAGCAAAAUCAAUAGAACAUACAUAUCAAAAGGCAUCCGAUUCGAUGGAUAUGACUAAAAAGGAAAGAUCAUGUUUUCUUACCAUAUGUAACAAGCCAUCUAGAGGGGAAGAUUAUACUAUAUUACAAGCCCUUUUGAGUAUUGAUAUGGGAAUCUUAUUCUUAGCUACAUUAUGUGGAUUAGGAUCAAGUUUAGCAGCUGUGGACAAUUUAGGUCAAAUUGGGGAAUCAUUAGGGUACCCUACAAAAACAAUUAGUUCAUUUGUGUCCUUAGUGAGUAUAUGGAACUAUUUUGGGAGAGUUUUUUCAGGGUUUGUAUCAGAAGCACUCUUAGCAAAAUAUAAGAUCCCUAGACCCUUAAUGAUGACACUUGUCCUACUACUCGCGUGUGUCGGACACCUCAUCAUCGCUUUCCCAUUACCGGGAUCAGUCUACGUGGCAUCGGUGAUCAUCGGGUUUUCGUUUGGAGCACAAUUACCCUUACUAUUUGCCAUAAUAUCAGAGUUGUUUGGGCUCAAAUACUACUCCACAUUGUUCAAUUGUGGGCAGUUGGCUAGCCCACUUGGGUCAUAUAUCCUUAAUGUUAAGGUCACUGGAAUGUUAUAUGACAAAGAAGCCCUUAAGGAAUUGGGUAAAAAGGGACUAAAUAGAUCUGAUGUUAAGGAACUAACUUGUAUUGGAUCAAGCUGUUAUAGACUGUCUUUUAUAGUUUUGGCUUGUGCAACAUUUUUUGGUGCAAUUGUUAGUUUGGUUUUGGUUGUUAGAACUAGGGAAUUUUAUAGAGGAGAUAUAUAUAAGAAGUUUAGAGAACAAGCAGAAGCUGCAGAGAAAGCUGAUUAUAAAGAGAAAGCUCCUGUGCCUGUCUAGCCUUUUCUUCUCAUGCCUAACACAACAUAUUGAAGUUAUAAAGGUAUGGUCUGCCGUCGUCUAAUCUUCUUCAGAUCAUGAUCACAGUUUUUAUGAGCGGGAUACACCGAUUAUGAAUGAUGAUGAUGUAAUAGUUCAACUACAUUAUAUAGUAGUUGAUUGUGUCUAAUUUAUAUAACAAGGUGUGUACUGCUUUCAAGCCCAUCAAAAGGUGGUGACCGGAGGGAUAUACAUCUUUGUCUUAUUGAUUUUGCUACUUUUAUUUUAUUGAUUUAUGAGCUUUCGAGUCAUUAUAUAUCCAAAUGAAUGUAAUAUUUCCUUCUAUUCACUAUUAUUGUCUCAUUUUCUUUUUAAAUACUAUAUAUCUUUAGUAAUCUUACAUAUUUUUUAUAAAUUUUUUAUAAAGGUAUAGUAUGUCGUCAUCUAAUUUAUUGCUCAAUUAUACAACAAGAUGUGUUAUGCUUUCAAGCCUAUUUUUUGGGUGUAUAAGCU